AUGACUAAGCUCGAAGAAUACAUGGAAGGAAUUGUCAACGUCUUCCACCAGUAUUCAUUAAAAGUGGGGCAUGCUGACACCCUCAGCAUGGACGAGCUGGGCCAGCUGGUCACACAGGAGAUGCCAAACGUCCUAAAACAAUCCAAAGAUCAAAGUUCUAUUGACAAAAUAUUCCAAGAUCUGGAUAAAGAUGAAAAUGGAGCCAUCGGCUUUAAUGAAUUUGUAAAACUGGUGUCCACUGGGCUAAAGACAGCCCAUGAAAAUUUACACAAAACAUGUUAA